UGAUAAAGUCAAAUUAUAUACUGAAUCCGUAGUCAUUACUCCAUUGUCACACUUUCGCGUUAUUAGUUUUAUAUUUCAGUUUCAACCCGUUUACGUCUUCAGAACAUUCGACAUUCGAACGAUGAAGUAUACCGUUUGUAUACUGCUGUAUUGCACGUUGUUUCUGGUAAACAGUGUGUACUCGUUACUGGGCGGAUCCCCCAUACCUGUUGGAACACAUCCGUCACAUGCAUUAGUUCUUGUUAACAAUCAACCACGUGGAGGUACAGUCGUUCACGUCAAUCAUGUCGUCACAUCGUGCCGUAAUGUACUGAAUCCAGCUGAUAAUCACCUUCUUGCUCCCACUGUCUUUACCGUUCGUGUUGGUUCAAUUGCGAUCGGGGAAGGAGGAUUCGUCACUCCAGUCAUUGCAGUUUUUCCGCACCCCGAAUUCAAUCCAUGGACAUUCGAAAAUGACGUCGCUGUUUUGAGAACCACUAAUCCCAUCCAAUUCGAUCCGCUUCCGUCGCCGAAUAUUGCUCCAGCAGUGUUUAAUGAACGAGUUAUUGCCGACCAGACCAAUUGUAUUGUUGUUGGUUUUAACAACCCUGUAGCAGGUGUUACACCGCUACAAGAACUAUUACAACCAAUUUUAAACAGAGACACUGGAUGCAAUCUUGAAACGGUCCAUAGUGGUAGUGUUUUGGAAAGCAUGUUUUGUGCAGGUACCCUUGCGGCUACUUCGGGAAUUUGCAACACAACAAUAGGUGGCGGAAUUUAUUGCAACGGUGCUUUCACUGGCAUCGCAACAUCGGGUGAAAAUUGUGGCUCGCUCAAUACACCAGGAAUUUAUACUCAAGUAAGACAUCACAUUCAAUGGAUUACCCAGCAGUACACUCGAACUCAAAUACCACAAGCGGGAACGACACCUGCGCCAGGAGUAUCGGCUGGCAUCCUCUCAACGAUUGGAUCUUCGUUGUUGAUCAGCUUGGCAUUUUUACUAACUAAAUUGUAAUUCACGCCGUUCAUAAAUUCGUUUGAUCGCGUUAAUGAUAAUUUUGAUAAAUAAAAUUUUUAAGAAAUCAA